UGGCCAGGAAGGUCUCCCCUGCCUACCAUCACCUGGCUCCACUAGCUUUUGAGAUGUCACUCCAGCAACCUCAGAAAAGUGAGUGGGGCUGGGCAUACUCCUGGGCCUUGCCUGGGUGCACUGGUGCCUGGUUCCUGGCUCCAAGGGGCUGGGUGGGAAGCCGGAGGCCAUUAGGACCCAGAAGCUCUCAGAGCAUCCUGCUUUGCCGGUUGCCUCUCACUGAUCACUGCAGUAGUUCAGGCUUCAGCAGCCUUGGAGAAGCAUCAGCUGAGAGGAGCUAUCACAUGGGAGCCAGAGCUGCUCAGCAAAGAUGAUUUUACGAGGAAACUGAAGUUCAGAGGACUUGCGGAGUUAAUAAUUCCCAGACCUGGGACUGGAAACCAAAUCUUGUGUUCCUUCUACACCCUGACAGCUCUUACCAUUCUGAGGAGACAAGAAAUCAGGAAAUUUACAUAAGCAACUUUAAAACUGGGGCGCUAUCCCAGAGCCCAGCAGGACUCUGGGAAAGGGGAGACAGAGGAUUUAGAAUCUCUGGAUAACAGUCCUUGAGAGGGGAGAAGGGUAUGGAGAACAGAGAAAAGGAAGUGGAAAAGGAGCUGGAGACCAUUCAGAAGGUGGGAUGAAUGGGCGAGGCACAUGCAUCUCUCUCUUCUGCUUCUUCAAAAUCACCAAGGCAGACCCCAGCAGCUUCCUGCCAGGAGAGAUGAGCUCCUGAAUCCUCCGUUACUGGUCUGGUGCUCUGUUAAGAGCAAUUCAGCCCCGACGGCUGGUGAUAGGAGGCUGCCAGAAAGGCUGCAGCGGGAGGCACCAUCUUCCCCCACCUCUCGGCCCCCACAAAAUUGCGAAGCCUGGGCUCGCCAUCCCAGGGUCACUGGACUAGGAUGGGGGAUGGGCCUGUGACAGGAGGUGCCCUGGGUGUCCUCUUUUGGCCCCAUGGAGUCCUCACCCAUCCCCCAGUCAUCAGGAAACUCUUCCACUCUGGGGAGGGCCCCUCAAACCCCAGGUCCCCCUACUGCCAGUGGGGUCCCAGAGGUGGGGCUUCAGGACGUGGCUUCGGAAUCUGUGGCCCUCUUCUUCAUGCUCCUGCUGGACUUGAUCGCUGUGGCUGGCAAUGCAGCUGUGAUGGCUGUUAUCGCCAAGACACCUGCCCUCCGAAAAUUUGUCUUUGUCUUCCACCUCUGUCUUGUGGACCUGCUGGCUGCCCUAACCCUCAUGCCCCUGGCCAUGCUCUCCAGCUCUGCCCUCUUUGACCAUGACCUCUUUGGGGAGGUUGCCUGCCGCCUCUACUUGUUCCUGAGCAUAUGCUUUGUCAGCUUGGCCAUUCUCUCGGUGUCCGCCAUCAAUGUGGAGCGCUACUAUUAUGUGGUCCACCCCAUGCGCUACGAGGUGCGCAUGACGCUGGGGCUGGUGGCCUCUGUGCUGGUGGGUGUGUGGGUAAAGGCCUUAGCCAUGGCUUCUGUGCCAGUAUUGGGAAGAGUCUCCCGGGAGGAGGGAGCUCCCAGCAUCUCCCCAGGCUGCUCACUCCAAUGGAGCAACAGUGCCUACUGUCGGCUUUUCGUGGUGGUCUUUGCUGCCCUUUACUUCCUGUCGCCCCUGCUCCUCAUCCUUGUGGUCUACUGCAGCAUGUUCCGAGUAGCCCGGGUGGCUGCCAUACAGCACGGACCACUGCCCACAUGGAUGGAGACACCUCGGCAACGCUCUGAGUCCCUCAGCAGCCGCUCCACUAUGGUCACCAGCUCGGGGGCCCCCCAGACCACCCCGCACCGGACGUUUGGGGGAGGGAAGGCAGCAGUGGUCCUCCUGGCUGUGGGGGGACAGUUCCUGCUUUGUUGGUUGCCCUACUUUUCUUUCCAUCUCUAUGUUGCCCUGAGUGCCCAACCCAUUUCAACUGGGCAGGUGGAGAAUGUGGUAACCUGGAUUGGCUACUUCUGCUUCACUUCCAACCCUUUCUUCUAUGGAUGUCUCAACCGGCAGAUCCGGGGAGAGCUCAGCAAGCAGUUUGUCUGCUUCUUCAAGCAGACGCCAGAGGAGGAGCUGAGGCUACCGAGCCGGGAAGGCUCCAUUGAGGAGAACUUCCUGCAGUUCCUUCAGGGUACUGGCUGUCCUACAGAGUCCUGGGCUUCCCGGCCCCUACCCAGCCCCAAGCAGGAACCACCUGCUGUUGACUUUCGAAUUCCAGGUCAGAUAGCUGAAGAGACUUCUGAGUUCCUGGAGCAACAACUCACCAGCGACAUCAUCAUGUCGGACAGCUACCUCUGUCCUGCCCCCUCACCUCGGCUGGAUUCGUGAUGCGCUGCUGGACACUUGGAGGGAGAUGGGCUUGGGGCUGGUUAUGACUGCAGGGAACACCUUGUGGGAUCACCUUUCCCAGCCAGCUGGGGCUGGGGCUGGGGUCUCUGCACACAGCUUUUACUUAGUGUUUUCUGGGUCAGGAGCCAACAGGAUGGAUGUGUGCCAAAGCUUUGGACAUGGCUAUGAUCCUUGACUACUGGGGGAGGGAACUUGGUGAGAUGAUAACAAGAGUAAAAGGAUCAUGAAGGUGAGAUGAUGCCUUUCAACCAGUGAACUUUCCAUGCAUCAGGGAUCAGGGAAAUUCUCAGGAUAGAAGUUGGAGGAUAUAGGGCAGCAGGUCAGGUUUGGAGUUAUUCUGUGGACCCUUUAAGGUAUUUCAUUUUUCAGUGUUGUUGUCCAGGGCAGUAAUUUCACCCAAACAAGGACUGGCCUCCCUGAUCUCUCUCCUCAUGGCAGUGACCAACCUCCAGCCCCCUGGACAACCGGGUACAAAGACUAAGGUUGGGAUGGGAAUGGUGGGGUUUCCAUAGUCCAUUAAAUGCCUCUCUACUCCCAUUCAUCGCUCUCAAAAUUAGCUUCAAUAACAAAGACUUAACUCUCUCUCCUAUCUGCAGCCCUGGGUUGGAGAGAGGGCAUAGGAGUUGGGCUCAGCUGUUCAUUGAGACUGUAGGAACUGUCUUGGUCUUGGUGGUGGUAUUUUCAAGGGAGGGGUAAUAAUUGCAAACUGGAUAGGACACCCACCUGGGACUACCUGUCCAUCCACUUCCCCCACUUGAAUCAGGUAACAUUAAAAUAAGGUCAAGGCAGGACCAGAGGGUGGUGUUGUCUAUAUUUGAACACAUUCCCAGCUCUUUGGGUAUCAAAGGGGAAGACGGGCUGGUGGGAGUGGGAUAGUUUCCCCUUUGAACAGCCAAUAAACACUUUUUAUUAUAAAAGCUACACUGAUAUUGACAUUGACCCUUCAGUUCAAUUCAGUAUAUAAUAGCUGGAUGGCCAAUAUUCUCUGGGAUCCACACAGAGGAUGAGGCAUCACUGCCUUCAAGGAGUUCAUAGUCUAAUCUGAUCAGGCAUCUUGUAUUUUUAGAGCAUUUACAUCUGGUAAUGCACUAUAGAAUAUGUGUUGAGAAAUAUACUGGAGAAUGUUUAUGCUUCUAUCUUCUGAGUUCAGUCCAUUGCAGCAAGAUACCUACAUGGAGGCUUCCUACAGAUUGUGGAAAGUGUGGGGGUUGUAAAUGAAACUCUAGUUGAUGAAAAUAUUAACUGAAGCUGGGCAAAUAGCUUUCCACCUUUAGAUCUAGGAAACUUUCCAGGUUUCUGUCUUCCCACUAGACUUACUCUAGUCCAGGACCUAUUAUAUUGAGGAAAUCUCUUAGCAUAUAACCCAGGAGAGUCUUUGUGACUGAAAAAUGUUUUCUCUCCCCUCCCCUUGUAAGAGGAAUGUCAUUCCUAGAUAGGGGAAAACUUCCAAACAUCACUGAUCAGCUAGCAGGUCCUAAGCGUUGCCAGCAGAUGGCAGUUGAGUCCAGUAGAAAUAGGGAAGGAGAAGGUUUGUGACAGGGGAAAGGGGAGAGGGGAAGGCAUUAAACAUUGCUUGGCAGCCAUUUUGUUAAUUUAUUUUGCCUCUUCCUUGACUUUGCCCUCCAACCCUUCCUUUUUAAGUGCAAGGAUAUCUCUGAUUCAGGCUGAAAUUUCCUGAUUAUAUGAUCUCAGGAUUUUAUUACAGAAUUGACAUUUGCUGGUUCAUUUGCCAUUUAUUUUUCCCUGUGCAGAUCAUGAAGGAAAUAAAAAAUUUUCUUGUUGAGAACUUUGCCAACAAUUUCUGCCUUGACCACCUUUCAGGAGUUCUCUAGGUACCAGGAUCACUUGGUAAAGUUCAGCAUGUAACUUUUAGCUGUGAAAGCUGUUCCUGGACAAAAUCUGACCUAAUUUUCCCUCUCACUGAAGAAUCAACAGGCUUAGACAACCAUGCUGCCAGUUACUUCUUCCCUGCACCCUAGUGGUGUUGGCGUAACUUUCAAUCUUAAGACGUGUCGGGUCUCCCCAGGGAACAUCUUAUAGUGCCAAGGUAGAAAAGGGGUGAAUUUGGAGUCGGACAUCUACUUACUCACUGUGUGAACUUGGGAAAGUCGCUUAAUUUCUCCAAGCCUAUUUCCUCAUCUUAAAAACAGGGCUAAUAUUACCUACUUCACAGGGUUAUUGUGAGGAUUAAAAGACAUGAUACAUGGCAGCACCUAGCCAUACCCGGCAAAUGGGUACUCAAUAAAUGUUGAUUUUUCUUCCCUUUCCUCUUGCCCUUUCCCCCCCAUAAGUACUGACUAUGGAAAAGCAGUCUCUUUUAUUCUGUCAUUUGGGAAUGAGUAGGAGAGUUUUCAAACUUUUAAGAACUGGCAUUGAUAAGUUAUGGUGGAUGAGGCUGUCUAAAGGAGCUUCUAGAUUUCUCUCAAGAAAUCUAAUUAAUGAAUCACUAUACAGACUUUUCGUUGGGACCUUACAUUUUAUUAGGGAAAUAAUUUUUAAUCACAGGUAAAGGUUUUCGGCACUACAAGAGUUCCCCUGGGAUGUAUGGUGAGAGUAUUUGUGUAGCUGUCUGGUAGUAAAGGUAAUUUAGGGCCACCUAUACUACAUGUAGUCCCCAGAAUUACUAGUGAAAAAGGCUAUCAAUCCGGCACUUUCAUAAAAGAUUUAUUUUCAAGUGAUGCUAGAGCUGAGGCAAAUUUUACUAGAAUUUUCCUUUUGUAUGGUACCACAACAGGAAAUUUUAGGAGAUUCACAGGAUGCACUGGUUUGUAUUGGGGUGUGGGACUGAGGCUGACUAAUCCUGGUAGAAGUCCUAAGUCGAAGACAGGGCGAUCUAUAAGCGCUGAAACUGACUUAUAUUGGAGAAAGGUAACAUGGAAAUUUUAUGGAGGAAUUACAUGAUUACCUUUCUAACUCACACUCAGUUACCUAUUUCAAGUGGCCCUCUGCUGGCAUAGUAGCUGCGCAACUCAAGCCCACAGAAAUUCGCACAUUAACUGCACAAGAACCAGAGUACAUUUUGAGAGCAGUAGGCGGUGGGCCAGAAGAGAGGGCAGAAAGGGAUCGCUUAAGUCCUAGGCACGGUAGGUCUUAGAGAUCGCAGACGUGAAACGUGGCCAGGGCCCAGGC